AGGCCCUGGCCGAGUGGCUCGGGGCGGCCGCGCGCCGCAGGCUUCCGCUCGCUGAUCGCUACGCCCUGCUGCAUUGGCACCAUCAGGUGUACCCCAGGGAGAUCCUGGGCUUGGUAGACAUGGUCGCCUUGGAGAACGGGGAGCUGGGGCCCCUCCUUUCCGCUGGCACCCUGCGUGGUUUGGAAGAUGAAUGUGUCACAGAUGUGAAGACUCAGACCCGAGCAGCCCUCCUUCAAGUGCUUCAGGAAGACGAGGAACAGUGGGGCAGCUUGGACUACAGGCCCAGCAACCUGGCCCAAGACGUCUGUGAGCUUCUGGAAGAACACACAGAGAGAGCACCCCGCAUCAGUCAGGAGUUUGUGGAGAGGAUGGCACACUGCUGCCUGGGAGGGCUGGCAGAGUUCCUGCAGAGCUUUCAGCAGCGAGUGGAGCGAUUCCACGAGAACCCAGGGAUCCGAGAACUGCCCUCUGAAACCUACAUCAGUAGGACUAUCUCGCUGGUCAACUGUGGACCCCCCCUGAGGUCUCUGGCUGAGCGACUGGCCAGGGUGGGGCCCCCUGAAAGUGAGCCGGCUCGGGAAGCUUCAGCCAUCGCUUUGGACCGUGUGACCCGACUCUGCCAUCGUGUCCUGGCUGAGUUGUUAUUCCAGGAACUACAGCCGCACUUCAACAAACUGAUGCGCAGGAAGUGGCUGAGCAGCUCUGAGGCUCUGGAUGGCAUCGUGGGCACACUCGGCGCCCAGGCCCUGGCCCUGCGCAGAAUGCAGGAUGAGCCUUACCAGGUGCUGGUGGCCGAACUGCACCGCCGGGCGCUCGUGGAGUACGUGCGACCACUGCUGCGCGGGCGCUUGCGGUGUCGCUCUGCGAGGACCCGCAGUCGAGUGGCCGGGAGGCUCCGUGAGGACGCAGCGCAGCUGCAACGGCUGUUUCGGAGGCUGGAAUCCCAGGCUUCCUGGCUCGACCAGGUGGUGCCGCAUUUGGCCGAGAUCCUGCAGUUGGAGGACACUCCGAGCAUCCAGGUGGAGGUCGGGGUGCUGGUGCGCGACUACCCAGACAUCAGGCGGAAGCAUGUGGCAGCCCUCUUGGACAUCAGAGGACUUCGGAACACUGCUGCCCGCCAGGAGAUUCUGGCGGUGGCCCGGGACCUGGAACUAUCUGAAGGUGGUACCCUAUCACCAGCUCGGGACCGCGCCUUCUUUGCUGACAUUCCGGUGCCCCGCUCAUCCUUCUGCCUCGGCCUCCCUCUCUUCUUGGGGCGCCUCCCUCUCUCCCGGCUGGCCAGGCCCAGUCUGGCUUGUCUGCCCCUGCGGCCUCGUCCUCCAUCGUCAGUUAGAGCCCGAGCCCAACGCUGAGGCUCCUGGUGCCCACGCUGCUGCGGAGAUACCCUCCUCCCUUCCAUGUGACUCCUUGCCUGAGACACCAACCUCCGGGAUGGCAGGUGCCUUAGAUCUCCCACCCUGCCCGGAGUGUCCCCUCUAGAAGGGAAACAGAGGCCAGGAUGAGUGAAGAGUUCCCCAAGGCUGCCGAGGUCAUUCCCAGCACCCUCCUCCCCCAUAGCCCAGCAUGGCGGAGAGCCUUCUGGAAGGCUCUACAAAAAUAUCCCCACCCCACCUCCUUUCCCCUCACCUCAAGGUCUGGCCCCAAUCCAACGUACUAAGGAACGGUAGAUACUUAGAAUAAAGAGGUUUCUAUUUAACACUAGGAAGGGCUGAGUCCCAAGUGCAGGGGAGGAAAGACAGGGCCCAGGGCCAAGCACUCUUUGCACACACCCAAGGCCACCAGGGCUGGGGUCCAACUCCUAGGGAGGACAGUGAACAUGGACAGAAGCCGUAGAAGGCCAGACACUGCCCAGUUGCCCGUUGAUACUGAAUCCUUGCUCUGUGUGGCUCUGAGGCAGCCGCUUGACCGCUCUGAACCAGACACCACUAGUUUAUUUAUCUCAGGGUCUGCCGUUCUGGAUUUGCGGAUGCCACCUUGGCACGGCCCUCCCUGUCCAUGCUUAGUGGGGGAACCUGGUCCAAAGAGGAAGGAGCUGGGGGGUUGGGCCGGCGGCAUCCAGGGCGCCCUCCUGGGUUGAUGCAGGAAAAGUCUCAGGGUGGGAAGUUUCCAGCCUCUCAGGCUGGAGCCCAGCCGGAUCCCAGUCCCCACAGAAUCCUUGAGGUCAUCUCCCUGCUGACCUCUGCCCCUCCGGCCUCGGCUGGACAGCCUGUGAUGGAUGCUUCCUGGCCUGGGUUGGGUUUUAUUUUUUUUUUUCCCUGAGAAGUCAGAAAGGGGAGGCAGCCAGGGGUCAGCACAGGGGCCGGGGUUGGAGCCUCACGCACGUCUGGACAUUGGCAACAACAUGGGGGCUCUAGACUUUGAGAGCCUCCCAGCUGUGUGCUUCAGAGGGGAAGCUGUUAGUCUCUGGGCUGUACUUCCUAUCUCUCCUGGGAAAUUGCUUAACUUCUCUUUGCCCAGGCCUCCUAACAGGCCCAGAGGAUGUCCCUCCUCCUUCCUUGACCUUCUGAAAGUGACACCUCAGUGUCAUUGAUGUUCAGGAGAGGGGAACUGACUGGGGCAGUCUGCUGCAUUGGUGGGCCACUUGCACAAGUACACAUGUAUUUAAUCUGUGUGUGGUCAUGUUUCGUCAUUUUCCGACUUGGUAGUCCAUCGUUCAAACGCAGCCUUGUCUUCAUGCUCGCUGACAGCAUGGUGGUGAUCCUAGAAGACUGGGUUCUGAGGGAAAAAAACAGAAGGGGCCAGACUGGGCUGCAUCUCAAGACCACAUCCCACAAAAGGGGGUGGGUUUAGUGAGAUGGCUUAGUGGGUAAAGGUGCCUGCCACCAAGCUUAACAGAUUUGAGUUUGAGCCCCUGGAUCCACAUGGUAGAGAAAACAUACACACACACACACACACACACGUACACGCAUGUACACAUGCACAAAUAUAACAAAUGGAAUGUAGACUCCUACUGCUCUUUAGGGUUAAGGUCUUACUAUGUAACCCUGGCUGGCCUUAAACUCACAGAGAUCCACCUGUCUCUGCCUCCCUGAGUGCUGGGAUUAAAGGCGUGUGCCAUACCACCCAGUGGUUUAUUAUUAUGUUGUUGUUUAUUAUUAUGUUAUGUUGAGACAGCUCUGCAUGUACCCAUGGCUGGCCUGAAACUCAGCAGCCACUGUCUGGUAAGCCCAGCUUUGCAUGGUACCUGGGACACUGCGCUCAAAGUUUAAAUGUCCAGGAACUGACACUGGGGUGCAUAGAUGUACCGUGCAGUGCCAUUUGUCAAUAAGAGGCAUGACAACCCAGCAGUGGGUAUAGUGGCAUGUGCUUAAUACUCGGCUUGGAAUGUUGCUGCAGGAGGAUCAUGAUUGGAGGCCAACCUGAUCCACAUGAAUUCCAAGUUAGCCUGGGCUACUAAGCUAGACCUUAUCUCAAAACAGUAAAAGGGUGGGCUGGGGAGAUGGCUGAGGGUUAAAGGCCUUUGUGACACUUCCAGAUCGGAGCUUAGUUCCCGUACAUUGGGCAGCUCUCUACCUGUAAUUCCAUCUCAGGGAGAUUCUGUGUCUCUGGCAUCCUCAGACACCCAGACUGACUUACACACUUACCCACAAACAGACAUGUAAUUAUAAAUGAAUGAAUGAAUCAAACAUGGCUGGAGAGAUGGCUUGGCAGUCAAGAGAAAUUGUUGCUCUUCGAGAAGACCUGGGUUCAGUUCCCAACACCCACAUGGUGACUCAAAACUGCCUGUAAUUCCAGUUCCAGGGGACCUGAUGCCACCUUCUAACCUCUCCAGACAGCAGACAUGCAUGUGGUGCGCGUACAUACUUGCUGGCCAAAACAUAAAACAAAUAAAGAGAGAUCAAGCCUUGGUGUCAGAUGCAGUUCAGAUUAGCCUUGAAGAUGUCACAGGCAGAGAUGGAACAGUGGAUUUUCACUCAGAUGGGCCAGCCACUGCCAGGAACAGGAAUAGAAGAGGGAAGACUUUGUGAUGGGAUUUAGGAUCACAGUCAUUCAUUCCAUUCACAAACUGGAGCCAGAAUCCAAAGACAGGAUGCCAAAAGCUGAGACAAGAGGCCGGAGUUGAAGGCCAGCUUGGGGUGUGUAGUGACAUCUCAUCUCAAAGAAGCAAGUCAAGGGUGUAAUUCAAUGGCUACACCUCAAAUUCCCCAGUGAGGGGCUGGGGCAUGGCUCAGUGGUAGAGCCCCUGCCUAGAAUCCCCCAGUGAGGGGCUGGGGUGUGGUUCAGUGGUAGAGCCCCCUGCCUAGGAUCCCCCAGUGAGGGGCUGGGGUGUGGCUCAGUGGUAGAGCACUUGCAUAACAUCAAGGUUUUUAGAGGAAUCACAAAACACCAAUGGGCAAAGGCUACAGUGGGGUCCGCUGUAGCCCCAAAGGAAUACUGUGUAUGGAAUUCGAGACUGGAGACCAGGGACUGGUGAGCUGCUCGGCACAUAAUGGCACUAGCAUCAAGUUUUUACAACCUGAGUUUGAUCCUCAGCAAUCACAGGGCAGGAGAAGAUAGCCCUUACCAGUUGUCCACUGACCUUUUGUUCCAUCUGUUGGAGCAUCUAACAAACCAAACUACUGCCAUAUUCAGGAGCUGGGCUGGGCAGACAUAAAACAUCCCAUGGCUGUAUCUGCUGACUGUUGGCCUUCCUUGCAGAAGGCAGGUUAAUGGGGCCCUACCCUGGGUGUCUAGCAACCUCUCCCGGCCAUCUGACUACAAUUCUACCCUAACUGCAUGUGGCAUCUGGCUGGAAUGGAGUGGGGACAUGGUGGGGGGCAGGCUUCACCAUCCCUGCUGGGUGUAGACCUUCCAGUGUGGCUGCUGCCUGUGGCCCCUCAUCCCUGCUCUAUAAGGAAAUCUAACAAAUCCUCUGGUUCCUCAGUGAAUAAGUCUCAGUUUAUCUGGGGACCUUGGGAGGAAGUAGACGUUGUUUCCAGUUCCCCAAAGGAAGAGAUUUUAGAAACACUUCCACGUGUAUGCAUGCACUAGAUAAGUAAACAAACAAAUACAUAUUUUAAAAAAAUGGAAGUGACCUUUCUGUUCUGAUCUAGAAUAUUCCCCAAACUCCCUGUUUGUGAGGAGGUGGGAAUGUUAUCGUCCCUACCUACAAAACCCUAAAGACAGUCCCUGAUGUGUGCUCACGGUGCCCCAGAGCUCACACGGAAGGAGGAGGUGCUCCAUCCUCCAGGUCUGUAAGCUUAGGUAUACACUGCAUGUAGACUUGUCCAUUGGUGUUCCAUACUCAGCUGAAGCCGGCCUUGAACUUCCCACCCCCUGCCGCGGCCUUCCACGGAUGGGAUGGGAAUUAUAACCGUGCACCUCAAAGCCUGAUUCUUUUUUCUCUUUCUUUUUAUAUUUAUUUAUUCAUUAUAUGUCAUGUACAAACAGCCAAGAUCAGAGCCAAUGUCUCUCCUUUCGGCAUAUGGGUUCCUGGAAGCUAACUCAGAGCAUCAAAUUUGGCUGCAAACGCCUUUACCCACCGAGCCCUCUCACUACAUGCCCCCCCCAUUCCUCUUUUCUUUCUCAUUUUAGUUUUAUAUAAUUUCUAUUUUUUUAGCUUCCUUUUUUGACCUCUGGGCUAUUUACUUUCCAAAUACUUGUGGUGUUUUGAGAUAUCGACUUGAUUUUGAUUUCCGCUGUGUUCCGAGAAAAUACUUUGUGAUAUUUCAAUCUUAUAAACAAUAGCCACGA